AUGCCGGUAUGUGUCCAGUGUGGAAAGCCUGUUCCCGCCACAGUGUCCACGUUCGGAUCUGGGCAUGUCGUACUUGCACGAUGCAUGCAUUGUGAGCGCAUUGUCGAUCCCUACCUGGAAUAUGGCCUAGCUGUGCUAGUGGUCGAUUUGAUUCUGGCCAAGCCGCGCGUCUAUCGCCAUAUUUUGUACAACGUAUCGACGCAUAGCUUCAUGCCAUCGCGGCCAUACGGACCUCCUAGCUCAGCGCCGAGUGUUGUGCCGCUCUACAUUCACACUCGCCGCUUUGUUGCCCUUGUGCUUAUGGAAGGCUACUUGGCGUGGUUCUCUUUAUGUGUGCGUCCAUGCGCUCAGCAAAACAUCCAACUGUGGCCGUCGAAUGCACAGAACAUGUCACAAUACUUGCUCAGCUCAGCUUCUUAUGGGGCGAUACGCGUGUGCUUCUACACGCUCCUUCAUAUGCUCAGCCUGCACGUCUCGCUUGUCGUGGGGUGCACGGCCGUUCAGUGGGCUUGGCGUGCCCAUUCCAAGUCUACUAUGUACUGGGACAUGUACGCGCUGCAUUUACCCUCCGUCGCCAUGCUCUAUGCAAGUCUCAGCACCGUGUUUCUUCUGGCACUCCGUGUUGUAUGGGCACCCAAGGCACCUUCUCACACAUACCCCACCGCGUCCACUACGAUGAUGCCUACCUAUAUUUGGCAAAAUCUGUCAGCGUACCUGCCACAGGCCGGGCAUGAUGGUAUGACUGAAUGGACGAUCCGCAACAUGAUGGGCGGUAUGAGUGCCGGUGUCGCGCUAGCGGCUGUCUUGCCGAUGAAACCCACAGCCGGCGCCCUGGUCGUCCUACUCAGUUUUGGCAUCCAAUCACUCGUCAGAGAACGGCUGCACAUGCCAUGGGAUACAUCGCCCUUGGCCAAGGAGACCUUAUCCCAUUUUUGCAAAGCUUCGUAG